AUGUCCAUCGCCACCGUUCGUCCACUCCCGGGCCGCCACGUGUACCCGCCGCCGUCUCCCACCGCGCGCCGCCGCCAGGGCCCGCCAAGCCCAUCGCCAGCCCGCCCGAGCCCAUCGGGGCCCGGACGCGCCCGCGCGCCGCCGCCCUUCGCCAUACUCCGCCACCGCUCGCCCGAGGUGCCCGCCGCCAUGCCGUGCGUCGCCGCCUCCGCCCUCCGUCGCCGGUCGCCGGACCCUGCCGCCGGAGCCUCGCCGGGCACGCAUCCGUCACCGCCGACCGCGCCCCUCCAGAUCUCCGUCGCCCGCGCCUCGCCCGGUCGCACCCCCCCGCGCCCCGCCGCUCUUCGCCGCGCCGCGCCGGUGUCCUACUCCGCCACCGUGCCCCGCCGGCGUCCCGCUCCGCCGCCGCAUCCGUCGUCGGCCCUGCCCGAUCCGGCCUCCCCGCGCCCGGAUCCGGCCACCCCGGGGCCAGAUCCGCCCCCUGUUGACCAAGCCGAGCUCGCCGGAGCUCCGUUCGCCGCCGCCGUCGCCGGGCCGGCGUUGACCCACCGCCGGGACGGGUCCGACCCUGGACGCCCCCAUUCCCCGAUCUAA